GACAGGCACUCUGCGCCCUUCUCCCCAGUUCCAGAAAGGACACAGUUUUCAAGAUCAAGGGAGCAAACCUGUCCAGACAGAACGACAACUUGGAAGCAGAAGGCACUGAGCCCUCUCUGGUGGCAGGAAAGGAUCUUGAAAGCCCGAGCAGGAGGCUUGGCAUCGUGUGCAGAACUCAGGCCUUUAUGGCCCUCCUUCUCCUCGGACUGAACCUCCCCCGGGCAAAAAGUGACUGUGAGUUUUUUGAAUCUGAAAAACUCUGCGUGUGUUCCCUGCUGGAGGAGUCAGAGAUGCAAAAUUUCUUUGACUGCUUGCAAGCCACCACGUACGAGCUGCGAGGUGGAAACCUGGAACAAUUUGCUGCCUUUUAUCAGAUGGAACCACCUCCACACCUGAUCGAUAUUCUCGAGGUCCUCCAAGUUAGAAAGCUCGUCUUCACGGACCUGAUUGUGCCGGAGGUGCUCUUGCCCGGAGCCCUGGAAUUUGCUUCCCAUCCUCUUCAGCUCUCUGAAAUUGAGUUUGUAAACUGCACUUUCCUUAGAAUGGGCAGCCAGCGACAAACAGGGAGGCCUUCCCCACUGAGGGUUUCCUCUCUGCGUUUCCACAAAGCGACCGCUGACUCCCUGGCUGACAGAUGCGAUGAACUGUCCGGUGUGUCAAGGUGGCUGGAGAUCCUAAAGAAUCUGACGCUUACUGAAUCACAGAUCACCUCCAUCCCGUGCAAAAUUGGCCAGAUGUUUGUGGGGUUGCACUCCCUUGAUAUUUCAGGAAACUAUUUCCAGGAUGAGAGCAUCAAGUCCUCCUUCUGCCACGGAGCUUUCCCAGAACUCCAGGUAUUAAAACUCCGCCACAACCAACUGACCUCUUACCAUGCCGUGUGUGAGACAAUUGGCCCCCUCAACAUGCUAACUCACUUAGACCUCAGUCAGAAUAAUUUCUCCACCGGAUUCUCCUCCUCCGCCCAGUGCACGUGGCCUCAGUCCCUUCGUGUAUUCAACUUGUCCGGCACAGGUUUGGAACACAUGGAGUGGUCUCUGCCACCCAACCUGGAGGUACUAGAUCUGAGCGCCAACAGCAUCAUUACCCUUGACCUCUCACUCCCUGCCUUGAAAGAACUCUACCUGUCCAACAACAGGCUGCAGGCAGUCCCCCCGCUCAAGAAUCUCCCUGGUCUGGAAGUCCUUAGUGUUGAUCAAAAUCAGAUCUCACAUCUGCCUAGCAAGAGCUUGCUGCAACUGAAGCACCUGCAGAUCUUACAAGCUGGCCACAAUCUGUACAAUUGUUCUUGUCCUUAUGCUUGGGAACUUCGGGACUUGGCAAGCAAGCUGCCCGCACUGACCAACUGGCCCGAUGACUAUACAUGCCGGUUCCCUCUUCAUCACCGGGACUCCCUGGUUAAAAAUAUGUCUUCUUCGCCACUGCAGUGCAGCCAAGCUGUGGUCACUCACGCCUCAGCGGUCAUCUUACUGUCCAGCCUUCACCUGUUUUUUUGCCUGUUUCUCAUUUGAGCAUCAUCAAACAUUUAUUUUGAUCACUUCUAAAAUACGGCAACUGGUUGAGUUGCCAAGCACUCGUAGUAGGCCUUUCUGAAAAGGAAAUUUAGAAUUGCACACUGGUAUGAGAUUUUAAUUCGGGCACAUAGCAACCCCUUCUUUGGUCACUUAGAACCACAUCCAGAGGGGAGAUCCAGCAGGUUCUCACAGGUUCCUGAGAGUAGGUUACUAAUUAUUUGUUUGUGCUGAGAGGGGGUUACUAAUGGGUG